AUGUCCCAAGAGCUCCAGGACGAACUGACGUCCAUCAACUCCAUUUACGGCGAGCACACGUUGAAUUCCAUAACAUCCGAAGACUCGGUUUACACCCUGACCUUUCCGUCUCAGCCCGAUAUCUCUUUCCGAGUGGACUUCCCCGAGCAAUAUCCAGACGUCCCGCCCUCAAUCCUCGGGACUCAAUCCGUCGGUGGCAGUGUCGGGAAGGGCGAUGGCGCGUAUCUGGUAGAUCUGGUGAGGGAUGUGCUGGCGGAUGUCUACACGCCCGGCGCUCCAUGUAUCUUUGACUUGGUCGAGGAAGUCGAUUCGCGCCUACAAGAUCUAGGUCUCGACAAGCAAGCAGAGAAAACCGAGGAAGCCACAUCCGAUGCCGCGCAACAACAAUACACCGAACCGCAUUCCUCCUAUGGAGACGACGAGAGCACUACUGGCAACACAUCUACCUCCAAUAUAUCCAAACACCACGUGCCCGAAGAACCACCCUGGACCCUCUCAACCCCCAUAUCAGAGAAGAAAUCCCUCUUCAUAGCACGCUGCGCCCCCGUCACCUCCACCGCCCAAGCCAGAUCCUACCUCGCCCGCCUGCUAGAAACCGACAAAAAAGCCGCCAAAGCAACGCACAACAUCACCGCCUGGCGCAUCCAGGGCGACAACGGCGUGCAGUUCCAAGACUGCGAUGACGACGGCGAGACGGCUGCUGGUGGGCGGUUGCUGCACCUGCUCGAGCUGAUGAAGGCUUGGGAUGUGAUGGUUGUGGUGUCGAGGUGGUAUGGUGGGGUUCAUUUGGGGCCGGAUCGGUUUCGCAUUAUCAAUGCUGUUGCGCGGGAUGCGUUGGUUCUGGGUGGGUUUGGGGAGAAGGAUAUUGGGAAGGGGAAGAAGGGGAGGAAGUGA